AGGUAAAAGGAAAGAUAAUCUAGGUAGUGCUGGAGUUAAAAAGAGCAAGACUUUGCAUGAUUUGAGGAAAAAACAAAACUUAGAAAAUAGGGAAGAAAAUACUCAUAAAAAUAACCAAAAAAAGGAAAAGGAAAAGGCCAUAUCAUGUUAUUGUUGUGAUUACACUAUUUCUUAAUUAAGAAAUUAUAAAGAUUGCAUGUAUUUAUGGAAAAUUUAUUUCUGUACUCUGCACACGUGCACUACCACAAUUCUCUCUCCCCAAGACAAGAAGAGUGAUCAUAUAAGAGUAGAAUUUUAACCAAGAAAAGUAAAGCGUUUUUCAUUUUAUAAUAAUCUCUCUGACAAAUACUAAUUCCUGUUCAACUGGAAAUUCCUCUUUUAUUCUUGGUCUGUUCUUUAACUUACAUGUGAUUUUGUGAAAAAAUGGGUGACGAGCAUUUGUUCAUUGUCACUUCUGAUAGAGCUGUUGAACAGGCAAUAAUUGCACUGAAGAAGGGCGCGCAUCUAUUGAAGUAUGGUAGAAGAGGGAAGCCCAGAUUCUGCCCUCUGAGGUUAUCCACGGAUGAAAAGUUUUUGAUUUGGUACUCUGGGGAGAAGGAAAACCAACUGAGCUUAAGCGCAGUCACAGAUAUCAUCCGUGGAGCCAUUGGCUUAAUAAGCACUACAGAGAUGGAUAGUCAAUGCAUUUCUCUAAUAUAUGGAAACAGCAACCACACUCUUGAUCUGAUAUGCAAGGACAGAAUGCAGGCUGCGACGUGGUUUCUAGGCUUGAGAGCUGUAAUAUCUCGGAGUCGUCAUGGACUGGUGGAAAAUAUGAAAAGCAAAAGAGGAGUGCAAAGUUGCAUCAGUAGUCCAGUAGGUUAUAUGCGGAGAAAACAUAAUCUUGGACUUUCAGUGAAGAAAAGCAGAAUUUCUCAGGUUCGCAGCUUAUCAGGGAGUCCCGCUCAAUCAUUUUCAGAGAAGUGGUCUUGUGAUGGCUUAUCACGUCCCUAUGACAUCUUUCUUCCGCAAUCAAGCCUAUCAAGUGUGCACGACGGAAUGGAUAAUGUUAUCACAAAUUCUUCAUCUUUGGAACCAAAAUAUCUAAGCCAGAAAAGAGCAUUGUGUGAUGGCAUUAUCCAAAAUGAUAUGUUUACUCCAUCGUUAUCGUCCACUCACAAGUCAAGACUACUAGGAAAAUAUGUUUUAAGGGAUGUUUUUAUUUGGGGAGAAGGUGGAGAAGGAGGAUAUUUGGGGUAUGGGGAAGUUAAGGUGGAUGCAUUAUUACCGAAACUUCUGGAGUCAACUACGAUGCUUGAUGUACAAACGAUAUCAAUAGGAAGGAGUCAUGCUGCCUUAGUCACCAAACAAGGUGAAGUGUUUUGCUGGGGUGAAGGAAAGAACGGAAGGCUUGGACAUAAACUUGUUAUGGACACUCCACGCCCAAAAAUCGUCGACUCCCUUAACAGGGUUCAUGUAAAAUCUGUCAGUUGUGGUGAAUACCAUACAUGUGCCUUGACAACUUCUGGUGAACUGUAUACAUGGGGUGACAAUUUUGGUGCUGAAACAAAGAUGAGAAGUUAUAAUUGGCUGCCAAAUAGAGUUUGCGGUUCUUUGGAUGGUGUGAAAAUAUCUUACGUUGCUUGUGGGGAAUGGCACACAGGAAUUGUUUCAACAUCUGGACAAUUGUUUACUUAUGGAAAUGGAACUUUUGGUGUUCUUGGUCACGGAAAUCUUCAAAGUGUGGCUCACCCCAAAGAAGUUGAGUCCCUUAGAGGUUUGCGGGUGAAAUCUGUUGCAUGUGGACCGUGGCAUAUGGCUGCAUUAGUCGAAAUAUCUACUCAUCACCUUAAAUUCAACAAUCUCGGUGUGAAGCUUUUUAUAUGGGGUGAUGGGGAUUAUGGAAAGCUUGGCAGCUCCGAUAAUGAGAGAAAGCUUUUACCAACAUGUGUAGCUAAACUUGUGGAUCAUGAUUUCAUUCAAGUUGCCUGUGCAAACACCUUAACCAUUGCCCUGUCUAGAACAGGAGAGGUUUAUACAAUGGGAAGCUCGAAGCACGGGCAGCUGGGUAAUCCACAAGCCAAAGGUGAAUCAGUAGUCGCGGUGCAAGGGAAACUUAAAGACGAGUUUGUUACAUGGAUCUCUUCAGGAUCAUAUCAUGUCGCUGUGCUUACAUCUAAGGGAAAUGUCUACACGUGGGGUAAAGGUUCAAAUGGACAGUUAGGAUUAGGUGAUACAGAAGAAAGAGAUUGCCCAACCUUGGUUGAGGCUCUAAGAGACAGGCAAGUGGAACAAAUUGUGUGCGGAUCAAAUUCCACUGCUGCAAUAUGUUUGCAUAAAUCCAUAUCAAGUACUGAUCAAUCAGUUUGCAGAGGAUGUGGCAUGGCUUUUGGGAUUAGAAGGAAGAAGCAGAAUUGUUACAAUUGUGGUCUUUUAUUUUGCCGUGCAUGCUGCAACAAGAAAACCACAAAUGCAUCCUUGGGCCUGGACAAAACUAAAGCUUUUUGGGUAUGUGAUCCCUGUUUCUGCCAAUUGCAAAGGCUUGCUCAAUCGAGCAGACAGGAAAAGCAUAGCCCUAGACCGUUAUUGAUAACUCAGAAGGAAGAGGGGGAAGAGUCAAAUAGUAUAUCAAGUCGAAUGAUGUCAACAAGAAGAUAUUCUAGUGACAACAGUCAAUGUUACAAUGUAGAGGAAAGUAAGCAUUGGUUAGAUCUGAUUGAAUCUUUGUUGGAUGGUUUUCCAAGAUGGGGACAAGUUCCUUGUCCUGAAUUUCUCAGAAGAGGAAGAGGACACCACACGAGAACUCAAAAUUCAAAGGCUUUAGCUUACCCAACUCAUUUGAAGGUUCCUCCAGAACCAAAAGUUGUGUCUUCAUCUGCGCUAAUUAUGCAGGAAAAGUUGUCAGAAUCAAAUAAGUUCCUCCUUGAAGAAGUUUCCAGGCUAAGAACUCAGCUUCAGACAAUGUCAGAGAGUCUUUAUUUUGCUAGAAGAGAAACUAAGAAUGAGGCUGUGGAAGAUAGAAAAGUUGAUAGCCUAUUGGCUUCUCCAAUUGUAUUUUCCAAAAACAAAAGAUCCUUAUAUAACAAAAAACAAAACUAUGCUGAUGAUUUGGAAGUUGAAUGGGUGGAAGAGUGCCAGCCUGGUGUCUUAAUCACUUUCACAAUAUCGCCUACUGGGAAUAAGAAAAUCAAGCGAGUCAAGUUCAGUUGGCAAGAGUUCACUAAGAAGGAAGCAAACAAAUGGUGGGAAGAGAACCAGCUUUGGGUGUAUCGAAAAUAUGAUGUUGAAGGAUAUACGAAUAUGAGCCAAGAUAUAACCAAGAUUUAGGAGUUACUCUUUUCUUCUAAAUUUAAAUGUAAGUUAUACCAGUUUGAUGAGUGGUUCACGUUCAUUAAGUCAUUAGUCCAUCAGACAAAGAUUUAGAUGUGUACGAACGAACCAAUUUUACCUUUGUCCAUAUAAUCGAAUCAUAUUUUUGCGUGGCU